ACCUACACGAAACAAUGCCAUGACGUCACAGAAGCUACCUCGCAACGGCUUCAAUGGAGGAGAAGGAACUGAUCUAAAUGAAAGCCCCGUCCUCCGGUUAUAAAUGAGAGGGGGACAAGCGAGCGGUGAUCCGGUGGCGGAAACACAGAUUUGUUUCCACAACCGGAUCGUCAACCCAGUUCCAUGGCGUCUGUCCAAGGCGUCCAAGAAUGCCCAUCCGGCAGAUUUCCUCUCCGAAUAUCAGGAGGCCUACAAGUGGUGGAAGUUCCAGCCCCCCAGGGACCCCUUGAAGCCUGUGACUGCCAACCACGAGACCAACGCCGUCACGGACAUGCAGUCUCUCUACAGGAAGGACUUCGUCACUCACUCAGUGAGAGAAAGCAAACGCGCACUCAUCAAGCAGAAAGACGAGUAUAUAGUCCCGCAGCCCAAGGCCCGCCUCAGGACCACCUACAAGUCGGAUUACACGGAACAGAAACUCGCACCAACCAAUUCGUUCAAGCCGACACGGGUGUACCAGUCGCCGACGGUCAAGUUCAGUUGUCGGUCUGUUUACCAGGGUGCGUUCGAGGCGUACGAGGCGGAACUAGCCCGAUCAUGCAGGCCUUCACUCAUCAUGCCGGUAGAGGGCAUUGAGGUCUCCAAGGCGACAGAUGGCAAGAAUGUCUCUACCUGCCAGGACAGCUUCCCAGCACACCAGAACGUGGAGCGGCCAUCAGUCAUCAUCCAGGAGGACAAUGAGAUCCAGCCCCAUGGGCCGUUCGACAGCACCACCACCUACAAAUCAAACUUCCCCAAGAAACCAACGCCUGCGCCAAGAAAAGCUAUAGUGAGACCAGAUACUUACCCGAAAAGGCAGCCACCGUUUAAGGCCGUGUCAACAUUCAUGACAGACUACAAGCAACAUAAGAACGCGAGACGGGAGCCGAGUUGUCGUCCCCCAGAGGCCACUGCCGUCGUCGCCGACGUUCCCUUCGCCAAAGAGACGACGGCGUCAAGAACAUACAAGUCGUGGCCGGUUCAGCCCAGAGAGAAUCCCUUGUGGGCCAGAAAGGCCGAGUACAAGUUACCCCAAGGCAGGCUGCCUCUGAGCACAACGUACAUGAUGGAUUACCAAAAUCCAACACCUAAACAAUCCCCUGCCAUCCCUAAAGUUCCGAGUGAAGCAGGCCCAGACAUGAUCACGCACGUGAAUGGUGACUCCAGUGGGGACGGCAACACUGUGUAUAGGGGGAGCUAUGGGGCGUGGAAGAACGCCCGUCCAGCCUCACCCUACACCCCUAAGAGGGAGUAUGCAGCACCCAAAGAGCAAAUGGCUUAUUUAUCAACACAGCAGAGUCACUAUCGGGGGGAGCAGACAAAGAGAGCAGAGCUGUGUCGACAUAUCUCGGAACACCGGCGGCUAAAUCAGCAAAAAAACAUGUACUUCCAAACAACGUAUAAGGACACUUAUACUGGUGGUGUUGCGCGGCCAAAAAGUAGUCCAUCAUCUUUGGGCAGUAGCCCGCCUGGUUUGAAGAAUUGUCCCGCAUUAACAUGUGUCCCCUGUAAUGCUGAAACCAAAUUAUCUCCAGCAGAGACAAGUACCAACAGCACAGUCAACGUGUCAAACGACUCUGGCAUCGACGUUGGCUCAAGCGGCGAGGUAGCAAGUAAUUAAUCCUGGCGGAAGGAUACAGUACACGUGAUUUCAAAGUUCCCCAAUAACAAAUUGUGAACGUAUAUUUUUCGAUGAUCGAUUCGACAAUGCAUGUUUUAUUCAGCUGUCAUUAAUCCGAAUAAUGUGGUUUUGUAUACGAUGUUUAAAUUUUGUGAAAGAUUUUAAAUAACAGUCAUAAUUUUACAAUCACAGUGGUAUGGAAUGGGCAUGUCUAAAUUUGGUAAAACAUUCAAUGACCCCGUGUCGAUUUCAACCAGUUGGUAUUUUUUUAUAUUGAACUAUUGUGUUCUUGUUUACUGAACAGCUAUCAAUGUGCUUGAAAAAACGUGAGUGUCGGUGGAGUAUUCAGUGCCUUGCAAUAUAAAUUAUGAAUUUAUAUGAAAAUAUCUUAACCUGUAAAAUUAACAUGCGAGCUUCUCAUGAUCAUUUCUGAAACAUUUCAUUGAGCAUUCUAUUUUGAUACAGUUUUUACAACAGAGAACAUUGUCUUUACACGGACCGGUUGUAAAUACAAGUCUACCAUGAUAUAUUACAAAACGCUUUUAUUAACAGCUUUUAGUCAUCAGUAUAUACUAUAAUGGUUUAGAAAUGGGAUAGAUAUACCGAAUGUGCCAUAAAUCUGCUUCCAAUAUAUUAUGUGGCAAUGGUUUCUAAAACGAUCAUUUGUUUGACACAGGAAAUGCAAUAUACAGCUUGUCUGAUUUAUAAGGUGAAAUGUUGAAUCAUUCGCCCAAAUAAAGAAUAAACAUGGGUUUUUUUCACAAAUGUU